UUUUUGAUUUUUAGGGAAUCAUCGAGUGAGGGAUCGAAACUUGUCUGGGCAUGUUCUGUGGGGAAAGUUUACAACAAUUGACUUUUCAGAAUGUAGUCCAAAUUCUUGGUGGUGAUAUUUGGAAAAUUAUUUUGGGACUUAAUGCUAGAAAACUUGGGGGAAUCAAGGGAUCUUUUUUUUUUCCCCUUGUCUGCUGUUCUUCAUUCCUGCCUGCUCAUACCAAGAACAUUACUGUUGCGUACCACAUCCGGCUACCAUACCACUUCCUGACAUUGUGAAAGCUGUUUUAUUUAAAGUAGAACACAGAUUCCUAUUAUGUGUUUUCUAAAGAGGCUGAACUUUAACAUGAAGGUUAUGAGGAACACUGAGCGCAAAGGAAAUAGAAAAGGCUUGUUCUCAGUCAAGACUCUAAUAACUUUAUAAUUAUUAUUUCUCAGAGUUCCACUUGAGAGGUGCAAGGAUCUGUAUUUAGGAAAUUUAUCGUUUGGUACAUUUAGCAGCAGUACAGCAAAGCUGUUGAUUUAUAAAAUGUAUUUCUGAAUCUGUGACUCCAGUCCAAGUGCUUUCAAUGAGGAGGAUGUGUUAUGAGCUCUAUGGGAAUGUAACUAGACCUCUGAAGAACGGACUUUACUAGAGGUAUCACAAGCAGUUCUUUGUUGCUUCCCUAGAUCAGACUGGAUGGCCGGAUUGCACAUCAACACCUGAAUAUUGGUUCUGUGCAGGAGUACAUACUAGUGGUAUAAUUUGGAAAAUAAGAUUUGACUUUGAUUUUUCUAUUUGGUCUUUUUAUCCAGUUUUAAUUGUGGAUUAAUGAAGUGCAGUUUUAAAGAUGUCAGAAAAAAUAAGUGGAGAAAAGAAUCCAGAUGUGCGUCCCAAAACCUAUAGAAGUCGAAGUGCAGAUGACAAGAAAGAUGGUUAUGCUUGGAGUGGAAAGAAGCGUUCACGAUCAAGCAAGACUGAGAGCUCUUCUGAUGCUGAAGUAAUAGACUCUGUUGGAAAGUCUGUCACUCCCCUGCACCAGAGAGAAAGAAAGUACAGUUCGUGUUCAGAUGUGGGUGCAGACCAUUCAUGUAGUCGUAGACAGUUAGGGAGGUCCUUUAAACAGAAGUUUCAAGAUGCUGUGGGGCAAUGCUUCCCUAUAAAGACUCUUAAUAGACACUGUCCACCAUUUGGCUCAAAGAGAAAAAUUCACAUUAGUGAGUUGAUGUUGGAUAAGUGCCCUUUCCCAAUAAAAUCUGAACUGGCUCUCAGGUGGCACUUAAUUAAACGCCAUACAAUCCCAGUAAGUCAAAAGAAUAAAGAGUGCGUUAACGCAGAGGUGGGACUUCAAAAUGGCGAUGAAAGAACAAUUGAAAGACUAGUAAUGCCCUCUUCUCGUACAUGGCGUCAUACGUGUGAAAGAGAUGGAGAAACCUGUUCCAGAAGAUGCCAUCCAGAUUUCUCUCUGGAGAUUGAGGCAUUGCCAAGUGAUGAGGAAAACGAUUUUGAGUCAGAUGAUGAAAUAGUGACUCUCUGUGCAAGUUCUAGCAGGAUAAGUAGACCCAAAUUAGAACUGGAUAAAGGAUGCAAUGAGCAAGAAGUUUUAACAAAGUGUCACACUCAGGUUGAUUAUGUUCAUUGCUUGGUUCCUGAUCUUCUGCAAAUAAAUAAUAAUCCAUGCUACUGGGGAGUAAUGGAUAGAUAUGCAGCUGAGGCUUUGCUAGAAGGAAAACCAGAAGGAACCUUUUUACUGAGAGAUUCUGCACAAGAGGAUUACCUUUUUUCUGUUAGUUUCAGAAGAUAUAGUCGUUCUCUACAUGCCAGGAUUGAACAGUGGAAUCACAGCUUCAGCUUCGAUGCGCAUGACCCCUGUGUUUUCCAUGCACCUGAUGUUACUGGCCUCCUUGAACAUUACAAAGAUCCGAACUCGUGUAUGUUUUUUGAGCCGUUAUUGUCUGUUCCAUUGCACAGGACCUUUCCUUUUUCAUUGCAGCAUCUCUGCAGAACAGUCAUCUGUAGCAAAACUAAAUAUGAUGCCAUUGAUCAUCUCCCUGUUCCCUCUUCACUUAAAACCUACCUAAAGGAGUACCAUUAUAAACAUAAGGUUAGAGUGCGCAGGAUUGACCAAUAAAGUCAAACAGCAUCUUUAAGUUUGACUGUGGAGAGGGGAAUACUGCUGUUAAGCUUUCAGGUCUAUAUUAGACUCCCAACACUGUUGCAAAAUUGCCUUGUGUCUUGAUUUACCUCCAGUGUGCAUACGUUCCUUGUAAUACUUUGUAGAGUGGGUUACAACUUAAUAACCGAAAAAAUGUUUUCUUUCACCUCCAAGUGACCUUUUGGGUACCUCAUCUUUUUAUACUACUUGUUUUCAGUAUUGCACCUUAUGUAACUAGUAAUGGUCCAAAACGUGUAAACCAGUUUGGAUGUACAGUUUGGUAGCAGGAAUAAGUAGACCAAUAUUUGCACUUUAGUCUGUCUAAAUUUAUUGUUUGUAGGCUUUUCUUUUGAAAAGCUAUUUUGCAAGAUUACUGUUUAAACAUGAGUACUCAACGUGUUUUCUUUAAGUUUACAUUUUAGUUAUCGAAAGCAUAUUCUGUAUAUACAAUAUUUAUUUGUACUGAGACUGGCGGGCUCUAUUGGAAAUCCAGUUACAAGUGCAAGUUUUACCUUUUACUUUCUGUAAACUGAACACUUUAUGACAGAUACUGAACACAAGUGCAGUUUAUUACAGUACACCACUUCAGCUGUUUUUUGUCUGAAUGAGACAUAAUGAGCAAUAGCUUUAUAUAUGUAUAAGUUAUUUAUUUUUGCAGUAAAAAAUCCUGUCUGGUUUAACAGAA